AAUGACGUCAUCGGAAUGACCGGGAGCGACGUGCACUCGGUGGUGGCGGGCCUCCGUCCGGCCGGCAAUCACCACCACCUCAACAACAACAAUAACAACAACAAUAACAACAACAACAACAGCCUGAGCGCCGACCCUGCUACCCACAAGGCCAAAGCCGCGAUGACCUGGCAGACGGACGCCAUCAAAGGGUCUCUCGCCGCCCGCAAGGAUACCAUCGACUCCACGCGGCCCGGAGGACGCGCUAUCCAAGCAGUGAUAAACGUUAUCGAACCCGCCUCCUGCUCCUCCUCCUCCGCCGCCUCCUCCUCCUCCUCUUCCUCGUCGGCCUCUUCCUCCAGCUCCGCCGAAGGGGCCUCCUCCUGCACCUGGGGCGACGUCGGUGCGCUCGCGGCCUACGAGCACGUGGUGGAGAGGAUGGGGGAACUCAACGGCACCGCGGACGCCCACCACACGGAUCUGCUGUUUCUCAAGGGCCUCAUGGAUUCGCCCAUUAUGAAGUCGCUCGUCAAGGUCCAGGACACUCUCGAGGAAGGUGCCGGGGUGGUGGAGCCCGUGUCUUCGGGAAACGUCAAGCUGGUCAACCAAGUCCGACUCCUGUGUGAGGCCUCGACCAGCGCCCCGUCUCAAGAACUCGCCGACCUCCUCUUGCGGCCUCACCUUCUGGCACUCCUCGAGACCCACGAUACCAUCGCCGACCGCAGACACGCGGGCGACGCAGGCACCUCCAACGGCUACAACAACGGCAUCAACGGCUGCCACGACAACGCCACCUUCAUGCCCGAGGAAAAUGGCUACCCGGUGGACGCCAUCCGGAUGGUGGGCCUCCGGAAGCGCCCCGACGAACCGCUGGGGCUGACGGUGCGGGAGGACGAGAGCGGCUACCUGGUCAUCGCCAGGAUCAUGGCGGGCGGCAGCAUCGACAGACAGGGACUCCUGCACGUCGGCGACGCCAUCUGCGAGGUGAACGGUGUCGAGAUCAGCAGCCUUCAACAGCUACACGAAGAGGUGGCCAAGUGUCGAGACUCCGUGACGCUGAAGGUGCUGCCGGCCCUCCACGACCCGCCGGCGCCCAACCAGGUAACCAGCACCCUCCACCCAGACGCAGCCAGGGCCAUUUGCUACAUGCGAGCUCUUUACUCCUACGACCCCACAGACGACACUCUUCUGCCCACGUGCCCCUCGCAGCAGCCACAGGAUAUUGGCCUCAAGUUCGAAAAGGGGGAUAUUCUGCAGAUCGUUGACCAGUCGGACCCGAACUGGUGGCAGGCACAGGUCGUGGGCUCCGGCAGCAAGCGCACAGGCCUCAUCCCGUCGCAGGAGCUGGAGGAGCGUCGCAAAGCUUUCGUCAGACAGGAAUAUGAUUACGUGCAUAAGAUCGGCAUCUGUGGCACGAGAAUCUCGAAACGGAAGAAGAAGCUCAUGUUUUCCACCAAGAAGAGCACGGACUACGACCAGGCGGAGCUCCUGCUGUACGAGGAAGUCGCCCGGAUGCCGCCCUUCAUGCGCAAGACCCUCGUCCUCAUCGGGUCCCACGGCGUCGGAAGGAGAACGCUCAAGAACAGGAUCAUCGCUUCGGAUCCUUCCAAGUUCGGCACCAUCAUCCCUCACACGUCGCGCCCCAUGAGAGAGCUGGAGGUGGACGGGAAGGCCUACCACUUCACGACGCGGGAGGCGAUGGAGGCGGACGUCCGGCAACACAGGUACCUGGAGUAUGGCGAAUUCAGCGGCAACCUGUAUGGCACCAAGCUCGACUCCAUCCUCUCCGUCAUCCGCUCGGGGAAGAUGUGCCUGCUCGACUGCUCGCCUGCGUCCUUAAAAUACCUUCGCAACUCUAGCGAGAUGUUGCCCUACGUCAUCUUCCUCGCAGCGCCGGGGAUGGACCAGAUCAAGAGCCUAUAUAACAUCGGCAGUUCCAUGGGCUCAUCCAGUCGCAACCUCACCUUCGACCGCAGCAGCUCCAUACGCUACAGCUCCCGACGUGCCAGGACAUUAGAGUCGCUGGCUUCGUUGUAUGAGGAGGAUGAUUUUAAGCGUACAAUGGAAGAAAGUGCGAAGCUACAGCGUGCCUAUGAUAAGUACUUUGACAAAGUUAUCAUAAACAAUGACCUAGACGAUACAUACAACCAAAUCAUGGACGCUAUUGAACGUCUAGCAAUGGAACCCCAGUGGGUGCCCGUGACGUGGGUAUACUAGCACCCGUAUGCCUCUCAAAGCAAAUUGCAUGUACGUGUUGGUAUGACCAUAAGUGUUACCACGAGCAACGGAAGCAAGAAAGGCCACAGGAUCUGUGAUUUUGCAUCGGAAAGGAGUCUUCUUCUUUUUCUGUUAAGAGUUCGCGGGAACAGUUCGACCACUUGGUGCGUUUGUAAGUUUAUUUCUUUUGGCGGAUGAUUUGAACGUACUGAGAAGCUAGGCAGUCAAGUCUUCCAGUGUAAUCAAAUAUGGCGUCUCCCACCCAAGAGCCAUGAAUCAACGUUUGAGCUAAAAGACGAGAGAUAGCUUGUAUUGUGAAAGUUUUGUCAGCAAUAUUCAUUCAGUCUGACAGCUAGAAGAAGGAUAGACUCAGAGCUCAUUAAAUACCCAUAGAUAUUAAAGAUGUGCUGUACAAUAAAGCUUUGUCAUCAUGAUUUUGGGACUGUGCAAAUAUUUGUCAUUUUUCAUUUGAUAUUACUUGUUAAUGAUUCAAGACUUCUAUUCAAUAUCAUUUUAACUGAAAACUUAUAUUACCUCACACACACACACACACACACACACACACACACACACACACACACACACACACACACACACACACACACACACACACACACACACACACACACACACACACACACAAAC